CGACUCCUCAGGACUCGCACUGCGCAGUCCGGCGGAGCUCGCUGGAGCAGGAACCCCGUGGGGUGGGAUCGCGGGUGGCCUUCCGCAGCGGCGGCUCCGCCCACUCCCUGGCGUCCCCCUUCUUGGCCCUCGCCGCUGGCCGUGGCGGCCUGCUGGGUCCGUGUCCCGCCUCUGCUCCCGGAGGACAUGCAGAAGAGAGAAUGAGCCAGAGGGACACGCUGGUGCAUCUGUUUGCCGGGGGAUGUGGUGGCACAGUGGGAGCUAUUCUGACAUGUCCACUGGAAGUUGUCAAAACACGGCUGCAGUCAUCUUCUGUGACAUUGUAUAUUUCUGAAGUUCAGCUGAACACCAUGGCUGGAGCCAGUGUGAACCGAGUAGUGUCCCCUGGACCUCUUCAUUGUCUGAAGGUUAUCCUGGAAAAAGAGGGCCCUCGCUCGUUGUUUAGAGGAUUAGGCCCCAAUUUGGUGGGGGUUGCUCCCUCAAGAGCAAUAUACUUUGCUGCUUAUUCAAACUGCAAGGAAAAGUUGAAUGGUGUUUUUGAACCUGAUUCUACCCAAGUACACAUGGUUUCAGCUGCAAUGGCAGGUUUUACUGCAAUCACUGCAACAAACCCCAUUUGGCUUAUAAAGACUCGGUUACAGCUUGAUGCAAGGACUCGUGGGGAAAAGCAAAUGGGUGCUUUUGAAUGUGUUCGUAAAGUAUAUCAGACAGACGGACUGCGAGGAUUUUAUAGGGGCAUGUCUGCCUCCUAUGCCGGCAUAUCAGAGACAGUUAUCCAUUUUGUUAUUUAUGAAAGUAUAAAGCAAAAACUACUGGAAUGUAAGACUGCUUCUAUGAUGGAAACUGAUGAGGAGUCUGUGAAAGAAGCAUCGGAUUUUGUGAGAAUGAUGCUAGCUGCUGCCACCUCAAAGACCUGUGCCACAACCAUAGCGUAUCCACACGAAGUUGUAAGAACAAGACUCCGUGAAGAAGGGACAAAAUACAGGUCUUUCUUUCAAACACUGUCUUUGAUUGUUCAAGAAGAGGGCUAUGGAUCUCUUUACCGUGGUCUAACAACUCACCUGGUGAGACAGAUUCCAAACACGGCCAUUAUGAUGGCCACCUACGAACUGGUGGUCUACCUUCUCAACGGAUAGCAGCAGGGGCUGCCAUACUGCAGAGCAGGAAGACCAAAAGAUCACCGUGGACCAUGGAAUCUUGAAGCCAGCCAGCAUGGUGGACAGAAGACAGUAGUUGGGAAACAUGUAACUACUGUGGCUGAGUGGAAGUUUGGUUUUAGGAAGUAAGGUACCAUACGACAUUAAUCUUUCAGUGAGGAAACCCUGGGCCGACUCGUAAAGAAUGCUUUGAAAAGCAUUCCUUUCUCAAAAUUGCCAUUUUCUCUACUAUCGUUCACCAGCUCCAGUUUGUUUUACUGGUUUAUGACAUUCAGAAUAUAGUGUUAAUUCCAUGAGCAUUUUUGGUUGUUUAAACAAAAUCAUUCCUAAGUGUAUACUGUACUGUAAUUUUCCAAAGAUGGUAGUGACAGUUACAAAUGACUAACUUGAACUUCGGCAAUACUGUAAAAUAACAAGUCGGUCCUCAGUACCACUUCCCCAGGAGGGCCUGCCUGUUACAGUGCUUUACGUUAUCUGACACCCAUAAUCACUGUAUUCUGACAGCCAGUGAAGUAGUAUCUAAAUACUUCACAUUUUCAACAUCAAAAUGUUAGGGUCACAGCUAAAAGAUCUCCAUCAUAAUGUGGACUUAAACAUAUCAAACAAACACACACAGCUAAUGGUUUGGGACUAUAAAAUAAGCUAGUGGAUACUGACUCAGUGACUUAGCAUCCUCAUACCUUCUCCAAUUAUGUGAUGCAGGUAUGGAUAUAAUUUUAAUUCAUAAUGUGAUUAUCACAGUCUCAUACCUACACAUUAUUUACUUUAAAAGUAGAAAACUAACGACUUGAAUUUUUUCUACUUAGUUUCACAUUAAGAACUUUAACCUCUGAAUUAUUUCCACAUCUUUAUAAAUUAUUCUUUAUUGGUAGAGGAAAUGGUAAUUUUCAGUUUUGCCCUUUAUAGGCUCCUUGAAGUGAUAUUAAUAUUUAGGACUAUAAAUAUUACAAAAAGACACACUCAGCUAUCAGAUACAGUAUAUCUUAGUUGGCAGAGAGCCUACAAGCGAGUGUGCUACAUUGCACAAAUGUUAUUCCUAGUUCCCUAAAUGCUCUCUCAUAGAGUCAGGCUAGUUUUAGUUCAUUGUGUUAACAAGAUAAUAGUUUUUAAAUUUUGCUGUUGAGUCAACAACAUGUUUGAAUACUUUAAUAUAUAUGGCCAUUAUAAAGGUAUUUGCUGCAAUACUAUAGAUUUUCCUAUGGAUGUUGCUAUACUGGCAUAUAAAACUUCUACAAUUAAACUCUACUGUGGUACUCAUCAGAGAACCUUAACUUUACACUUUGUGCAAUGGCUUUCUCUUCAGAAUGACUUUGUGAAUGCACUUUGUGGCCUUUUGAGGGGGUAAGGAUCAGGAGAGAAUUCACAUUAAUUUCUUUAACAUUGUUAUGUAUUAGGCAGAAGCAGUAUUCAUAAUAUUUUUCUGGAUUUUAGGUAUGUUUUGGAGAUCUUACAGUAUUUUAAGUGUGCUGUGUAAUGCCACAUUAUGGGGGGAAAAAAGCUGCAUGCCAUUGAAAGCUUUCUCUGCUGUCACCAAUGAAGUCUAAUCCCUCUUAAGUUUCUCACCUUGACUUCCUUGUAAUCAGUAACUGGAUGUUUUUGAGGUGCUCAAUUGGAAUUAAAAAUAUUCCAAUCUAUUUGGAGACCAAAGGCACGUUUAGAUUGUUACCUUUGGAAUUAUUGUAGCUUUGACAUCUAUUACAUGGAACAUACCAAAAAAUAAAUCCCCACCCAGGGGUUUAACUUAAAUCUGUAGAGAAGGUCUCAGGCUAUAGUGUUUGCCUCUUCAGGUGCCAUUGAUACUGCCUAAUACAGUGCCAUUUGCUCUGUGAAGAUCCAUAACAAUUAUGUUGAAUGUCGGACAUGUUCUCCUGUGUUACACAGAUCUCAGAUGAUGAAGAAUAAUAUGAAAACCAGCAGCCAAGGAACAGCUUGUGUUGUCGUAGCAAAUCCACAAUAAGUGUCCUUCAGGGAUAACAUGUAGUAGUCGGUAUUUUACAAGUAAAACUUACAUUAGCCUCUAGUGCUUUUAAAGUUAGCAUGUGAUCUGCAGGAAAGGGGGUUUUAGAGUCUCAGUGUUUACUUGUAAAGCAACCGCUGGAAAGGAGCAAGGAGAUCUGUUUUAUUUUUUCCCUGAGCGUUGUCUACCAUAGUUUACUUCAUGACAGAGAUAAUCCAAAAAACGGAAAUCAUAUAUAUGUUUUAUAUAGUUUAUCUAUGAAGUAUUUCUUUGAAGAUUCUAAUUGUAAUUUUUUUAAGUGCAUACUCAGAGCAUUGGAUUUUUUAAAAACUUGUUUUCAAUUAGAUAAUUUUUUUUAAUGUCUUAAAGAGCUAGGGUGGAUCUUGUUGUAUACUUUUGUUGCAGUCUUCUCAAAAAACUGAACUUACUCAGUCGGGCUAGAGCAAUAGCUACUAGAAGCAGCCCCUCACACAGCAGCAACUACUGUGGCUCAAAUGCCUGAAAUUUGGAUAAUCCAGAUGGUGAGUUGCAAAGCUGUAGUGGGAUACCAUACAGUGCUUUAAGUUUCCCGGGUUGGCUUCUACUUCAGCUUUUGUUUGUUUUAUAUUUGGACUCUUGUUGCCUGAGAUGACCUUGACUCCUGCUUCCCCUGCCUUUGCCUAUAAGUACCAGCGUUACAGGCUUGCCCCUCCACGCUCACGGACCUUGUUCCAGUUCUCAUUGUACAACUGUGUAGAACCAUCCCGACUCAGAGGGGCUCGAGCUAGCUUGUAAUUCUGAUACCAUGACAGCGUCGUUAGGUCACACAGCCUGACCCUUUGUCCACUUUUGGUAGCCUUAUCAGGAUGAGCACAACAUGGGGUGUCCAGAAGAGUGAAUGUUCACUCACCAAAGUCUAUGAACAUGUGUGGCUCUAAAGCCAUGAAAUCCUUAUUUCAGUUUGAAGAACUUCAGUGGUAGGGUCAAUCUCCUCCUUCCUCUGAGGACUUUCCUUCGUGCUUCUCAGUUCACAUGCUCUUCUGUCCAAUCUGCCCCUAUGGUAGGGACCCCUGCGGCUGAUGCACAGCUCGCUCGCCUCCUUUACUGUGACUUCCGACAUUCCUAAGAAGAUCCACGCAUCUGGGUAAAGAGGACAGACCUUUACUAUAUAAAAUGAAGAGUGCUUUCUGCCCCUCGCAUACCUUCUCCCCUAUAACUUUGUUUCUCCUUAAUUGCACCUGGAUUUUUAUGCUGUCCACUUUAGAAAGUAAAGGACUAGUUCUGAUCAGUUAUGCUAACCUUUCUGAAUGUACCCCCGUGGAUGUGAAUUAAAUUAUACCAAUCACUCACAGCGUAGUCAGCUUUAAAAGAGCUGAUGAGCUUUGCCCAUUCAUGUGAGUGUUGCUAUUGUUGCGGUUUUUGUACAUGGCUGCAAAUUAUGUGCAUUUAUGUUCUGUUUAUGUUAACUAGCUGACUUGUACUUGAAUUAAAAUUCAAAAAAUUAAAAUAUGCUUUUGAAAA